AUGUGCUCAUUAUUUGUGUUUUAUAAUUAUGAUCAUCAAAGGAGUGAAGGUGAACUAGUGCAGCACAUUGUUGAAGAUGUUUUGGCAAAACUAGACAGUACAGUCUUGUCUAUUACUGAAUUUCCAGUUGGAUUGGAAUCCCGCGUGCAAGAAGUGAAUGACUUUAUUGAAAAUAAACUAAAGAAAGUUUGUGUGAUAGGGAUAUGGGGGAUGGGUGGAUCCGGUAAAACAACCACAGCUAAAGCUAUCUACAAUCAAAUUCACCAUAAAUUUGUUGAUAGAUGUUUUGUUGAAAAUGUUAGAGAAGUAUGUGAAAAGGAAAAUAGAGGGAUUAUUCAUUUGCAACAACAACUACUUUCAGAUAUCCUGAGCACAAAGGAGAAAAUACAUAGCAUUGCAUUAGGAACAACUAAGAUUGAGAAAAGAUUUCAAGCAAAAAAGGCACUCAUUGUACUAGAUGAUGUGACCACAUUCGAACAAUUAAAAUCUCUCUGUGGAAAUCCUAAAUUGUUUUGUCCGGGAAGUGUAUUAAUUGUUACAACUAGAGAUGUACACCUACUUAAUUUAUUUAAGGUUGAUUAUGUAUGCACAAUGAAAGAAAUGAACGAAAAUGAGUCCCUUGAGCUUUUCUGUUGGCAUGCUUUUAGAAAACCUAAUCCAAUCAAAGACUUCCAUGAGCUCUCAAGAAAUGUAGUUGCUUAUUGUGGAGGAUUACCGGUUGCUCUUGAAGUCCUUGGUUCUUCCUUAUAUGAGAGAACAAAAGAAGAAUGGAUAAGUGUACUGUCAAAACUAAAGAGAAUUCCCAAUGAUCAAGUGCAAGAAAAGUUGAGAAUAAGUUAUGAUGGUUUAAAGGAUGAUAUGGAAAAGGAUAUAUUUCUUGACAUAUGUUGUUUCUUUAUCGGCAAGGACAGAGGUGAUGUUACAGAAAUAUUAAAUGGAUGUGGACUUUAUGCCGGUAUUGGAAUAACUGUCCUUGCAGAGAAGAGCCUUGUAAAAAUUGGAAAGAAUAACAAGCUUGGAAUGCAUGAUUUAAUAAGAGACAUGGGAAGAGAAAUUGUUCGUGAAAGUUCAGCAAAAGAGCCUGGCAAGCGAAGUAGGUUGUGGUUUCGUGAGGAUGUACAUGACGUGUUGACAAAAAAUACGGGAACAGAAACUGUUGAGGGAUUGGUUUUGAAGGUGCAAAGAACCAAUAGAGUCAUCUUAACUAGGGACUCUUUCAAGGGUAUGAGGAAACUGAGACUUUUAGAACUUGAUCAUGCUGUCCUCACUGGAGGUUAUAUGUAUCUUUCCAAAGAACUAAGGUGGGUCUCCUGGCAAGGAUUUACCUUCAACUAUUUACCCGACGACUUUUAUCAGGGAAAUCUAGUUGUUAUUGAUGUAAAAUACAGUAGUAUCAAACAAGUGUGGAAGGAAGCCAAGUUGUUGGAUAAACUAAAAAUUCUGAAUGUCAGUUAUUCUAGAUACUUGAAAAGCACCCCUGAUUUUUCAAAAUUGCCAAAUCUAGAAAAGCUUAUUAUGAAGAAUUGUCCAUGUUUGUCCGAGGUACACCCGUCCAUCGGAGAUCUCAAGAAUAUUCUUCUAAUAAAUUUGAAGGACUGUACUGAUCUAGUAAACCUCCCAAGGAAGAUCUAUCAAUUGAAAACUUUGAAAACUCUCAUACUUUCUGGUUGUUCAAAGAUUGACAAGUUGGAAGAAGACAUAGUGCAGAUGGAAUCUUUGACGGCGCUGAUUGCAAAAGGUACAUCGGUAAAGCAAGUUCCCUAUUCAUUACUAAGAUUGAAAAGCAUUGGAUAUAUAUCCCUGUGUGGAUAUGAAGGAUUAUCACUUCAUGUAUUUCCUUCUCUCAUUUGGUCUUGGAUGUCAUCAACUGUAAAUUCCCUACCUCGUACUUCUCCAUUAAGAGGCAUUUCAUUGUCUUUAGUUUCCUUGGAUGUAAAGAAUAAUAAUAUGGGUUAUCAAUCAUCAAUGCUGGCCAGCUUGUCAAAACUUAGAAGUGUUUGGGUUCAAUGUCAGUCAGAGAUUCAACUAUCUCGAGAAUUAAGAAAGUUUGUUGAUGAUCUAUAUGAUGUGGACGAGUUGAAAACAACAUCUCAUGGAUCACAAAUCUCAAAUCUUCCUUUUAGGUCACUUUUGAUUGGAAUGGGAAGUUUCCAGUCAGUAAUUGACACUCUUGGCCAGAGAAUAUCACAGGGAUUGACAACCAAUGAUUCCAGUAACUUUUUCCUUCCGGGUGACAACUAUCCUUCUUGGUUAGCCUAUAAAGGUGAAGGAACUUCUGUACUUUUUCGAGUUCCUGAGGAUAGUGAUGGUAGCAUGAAAGGGAUAAUCUUAUGUGUUGUUUAUUCAUCACCAUCUGAAAACAUGGUAUCUGAAUGUCUUGCUAGUGUCUUGGUUAUUAAUUACACAAAGUGCACCAUAAAGAUAUACAAGCGAGACACGAUAAUGUCUUUUAAUGAUGAAGAUUGGAAGGGUUUAACAUCAAAUCUAGAGCCCGGCAACAAUGUAGAGAUAUUUGUAGCUUUUGGGCGUGGAUUGAUUGUUAAGGUGACAGCUGCCUAUCUAAUAUACGAUCAUUUAGUUACUACGGAAGUUGACCCAUCAAUUAACAUUGAAAUGGAGCCACCACAAGAAGAUCAGUUGCAGCCACCGCCUAAUGCUAAAAUGGAGCUAUCAUCGAAUGUGAAAAUGGAAACAUCUCGGAAGCCAAAUAAAUAUAUCUUUACAAGACUUGCAAAGAGAAUAAGACAAUGUUUGUGCUUGAACUGA